AGCAGCUGUGAUAUGACAGAUGAAGGUUGUUCUGCUGUGACUUCAGCUCUGAAAUCAAACCCAUCACACCUGAGAGAACUGAACCUGAGCGGGAAUAAACUAGGAGACUCUGGAGUGAAAAACCUCAGUGAUCUACUGAUGAACACACAAUUCAAGCUGAAGAAACUACAUCUGUGGGGAUGCAGUAUUACAGAGAAACAGUGUCUCAUCCUGACUUCAGCUCUGAAAUCAAACCCAUCACACCUGAGAGAACUGAACCUGAGCAGGAAUAAACUAGGAGACUCUGGAGUGAAAAACCUCAGUGAUCUACUGAUGAACACACAAUUCAAGCUGGAGAAACUAGAUUUGUGGGAUUGCAGUAUUACAGAGAAACAGUGUCUCAUCCUGACUUCAGCUCUGAAAUCAAACCCAUCACACCUGAGAGAACUGAACCUGAGCUGGAAUAAACUAGGAGACUCUGGAGUGAAAAACCUCAGUGAUCUACUGAUGAACACACAAUUCAAGCUGGAGAAACUAGAUCUGUGGAGAUGCAGUAUUACAGAGAAACAGUGUCUCAUCCUGACUUCAGCUCUGAAAUCAAACCCAUCACACCUGAGAGAACUGAACCUGAGUGAGAAUCAAAUAAAAAACACAGGAGUGAAUCACUUAUGUGACGUACUGAAGGAUUCACACUGUAAACUGGAGAGAUUGAGUCUUUCUAACUGUGGAAUUACAGAUGUUUCUUCUUUAACUCAGUCUUUGACAAACACAAAAGCACUGCAGUUUCUAAAAGAGUUUGGUCUGAAUGAUAAUAUGAUUGGAGACUCAAAGCAGCAGCUCAUUGAUGUGCUACGAGACUCAAACUGUAAACUGAGGUGAGUAAACUUCACUUUCUG